CCACCCCAACCUUGUCGCGCCUUUCACCCCGUGCUCUCGCAGGAGUCAGACCUGGAAGACUCCGAGUCGGAGUUCCACCCCUCCGACUGCCAGGCGGACACAGACAGCGACGAUGAGUGCACGCUGGACACCCACGACGACCCGCCGAGCCCCGAUCUCCUGGCUAAGCCCAAGCGGAGGAAGCCGGGCCCGCCGAUGCGCUUCGUCGACGACAGCCCUCGCCCGUUCACGGACAGCCCUCGCCCGGUUACCAAGGACAGCGCCGCGGGCGACGCCGAGGCCGCAUCUCGCACCAGCGGCAUGAUCGGCGGCGCUCGGCGCUCAUUCCACCCCGGGGUGGGUGGGUCUUCCUCUCGCGGCGGGGGCAGGGCUUCUCAUCACCGUCCUCGUCAAGCUGUUGCUCGUACACAGCAGUCAGCACCGAGUUCCGGUGCUUCCCGCCCGCCUUCCUCCGCGGCUUCGACGACUGCUCGCCCCGCGACGACGGUCCAGCGUCCCACCUCUGGCGACACGGACGGACCUGGACACCGUGGGGAAGGCGGCCCUUCUCGCCGUGCGUCCGACCCCGGCAAGUCCGCUGCCGCCGGGGGGCUGUCGUCCCAGGGACGCGGCAGCUUCACGUCUUCCCGAGGGCGUGCCGUCGGCUACGCCUACCGCGAGAGAGCGGCACCAGCCACGGCGGGGGGAACUGCUGUCUCAUCUUCGGCCCCGCCCAGCUUCACCCGGAUCGGGGGAGGGUCUUCACACACGCCGGCAGGAGGCGGCGGACGUGUGAGCUCAGUGGCCAUCACCUCGGACAUGAGCGGCGAAUCAGUGUACCAGGCGCUGGUUGCUGUGGGCAUCUCGCUUUUGUCCAAGGCGGCCCUCCUCGGCAUUCUCAUGUCCGCCGUGGCACCCUCACACGAGGAGUCACGCCAGCAUGUGGUCAAGUCCAACACGCGCAAGCACGAAAGAGAGCCGGUGAAGGGGGAGCGUCCGUCCAAUGGGAUCGUCGCUGCCAUCUUCUGCGUGUACAGCUACGCCUUCGUCGGCGCCGCGAAGGUCCAAUUCUCUGGGGGGCAGAAAGGCGACGAGACAAACAACGUCUUCCUCGCGGCGGUGUCGCACGUGUGGGUAGCGGCCCGGCAAGGAGACCCCGACUGGCUCGCCAUCGCCUCUGCUCGCGCUACACUGCACGGGAUCGUUCGCGAGGCCCUCAUCCCGCUUGCUCUCGGGCUCAUCCAGAAGGAAUGCCUGGAGAACGACCCCUUCACCCUGGAGGACAUCUUCCGGAGCGCCCGGGAGCGGGCGCGCUAUCUCGAGCCGCACAUGAACGCAAGUACUCUCACUGGUCGACAACACCGACACUAG